CUCGCUGAACAUGAACGAAAACGUUUGGAGGAUUUUAUCUACUUUCAAAAUAUUAUCGAACGAUUCGGUAAAGCGGAAGUCAAGGAUGUCUUCUUAAGUGGCACGGAUAAUAAAGCGAAGAUUACCGAAGAGGAGUGUAAAUUGAUUGAAGGUUUGUCGGAGCCAUUCGGCUUGAAAUGCGGUGAGUCGGAUACCCUUAUGGAUUUCAAGAACAAAUGCACGGACGGCUCGAUGUUAGCGUAUAGGAUUCUUGUAGGAAGCAAAGAAAAAGUUGUGGAUGAUUUCUCAGGAAUUCAAAUUAGGGAAUUAUUAGAGAAAAUUGCAAAUUGCGAACAUAUGCUUCACGGUGCUAAAGAGGAAGAUCAGUUUAUUAAGUCUAGUGAGUCUGCAUUGGAAUCCGAAAUUGAACAACCGAAGAAAGAUCCAAAGGUAGUUUUUGUACAUGUUACCAAUGGGUCAGUGGAGAACUAUGCAGAAGGCGAUAUGAAUCAGGCAGGUGACACGGAGUUUGGUUUUGAGGGUGGUAUUGAUCCGAAAGCGCUUAUACGUGAUCCACCACCACCAAUUCCUUUUCCAGUUACAGUUGUCCCAGAAGAUCCUACAAAUACCAUCAAUGGCUCUAAUCAUAAUGGUGUGUGGCGUACUGGUAAGCAUACUUUCAGUAGUAAUUAUCACCUUUACUAA